UAUACGUUGGUCUUUUGUGUAUAUGUACAACUACCAUUGAGUUAUAAACCAAAACAUUACGACGCGACGUCGAGCCUGACAUGACUCGUGAGCGCGACCAAAACUGAGGGGGAUACUGAGCAAUUCAACCAGUCAGAAUCAUAUUCCAGUCAUUUAGUGUUGCCUAAUUAAUCUCGAUUGGCCGGAUUUAGAUUGAUAAAAAUGCAGUCAUUGUUGAUAAGAUGUGGUCCAUUUCAGCGGAUUUUACCUGUAGUCAGUGGCGGAUUAUCGGGUUUUGGGAGAAAUACUCCAAGUCGAAGUUUGACCCUGUCUUCUGCAAACACUCGGGCGAGGAGCUCCGGAGUCGGUGCCAGUGGCCCUGGGGAGAAGCGACAUAACGAAAACACACAGAAGAGAACUGUUCAUGGGGUUGCUAAGCAACAGACGUUUCCUGAUGCCCCUGAAAUACCGCCAUGUGACCACCAGCCCAACAAAUAUGAGGGUAUGUCCUAUGAGGAUGCCAGGCAGGUGCGGAAUGAGUCCAUCAACCCAGCCCUCUUCACCUACUACAGGAACCCUGUGAUGCUUCAUCAUGGGAAGAUGCAGUGGCUCUGGGACGUAGAAGGCAAGCGAUACCUUGAUCUCUUCGGCGGAAUCGUCACAGUCAGUGUUGGACACUGCCACCCACAUGUGACCGAUGCACUGGUCAAACAAGCACACAACCUCUGGCAUACCACAAAUAUCUACAUGCAUCCGGCUAUACAUCAGUAUGCCAAAGACCUAAGAGCUAAACUUCCUGAACACCUUAAUGUGAUAUACUUUGUGAACAGUGGCACUGAUGCUAAUGAUAUGGCUGUUCAGAUGGCCCGUAUGUACACUGGUUCUUAUGAUGUCAUCAGCUUCAGGAAUGCAUAUCACGGUGCCAGCCCAAAUCUGCUGGGCCUAACAGCCAUGAGCAGUUGGAUUUACCCCAUACCAUCUGGCUUUGGGAUGAGGAACACCAUGAAUGCUGACUGCUAUAGGGGACUCUGGGGAGGAAAAUUCUGUCGUGAUUCACCAGUUCAGACCGACCGUGAUUGUGACUGCACGGUAGAAUGCAAGGCAAAGGAUCUCUACCUGGAACAGUAUGCAGAAGUUCUGAGGUACUCUACGGGAAAGAAGAUCGCGGGCUUUUUUGCUGAAGGAAUUCAGGGUGUUGGGGGCACAGUGCAGUACCCUAAAGGACUCUUGGCUGAGAUGUACAAACUGACCAGGGAGAAAGGUGGAGUCUGCAUCUCAGAUGAGGUUCAGACCGGGUUCGGCCGUCUUGGCAGCCAUUUCUGGGGCUUUGAAAGCCAUGGGAUUAUGCCAGAUAUUGUGACCAUGGCAAAAGGAAUUGGAAAUGGAUUUCCCCUUGGAGCUGUUGUGACAACAUCUGAAAUCGCUGCUACAAUGAAGGAAGCUCUCCAUUUCAACACAUACGGAGGAAACCCACUGUCAUGUGCUGUCGGCUCUGCUGUACUUGAGGUGAUCGACAAUGAAGGACUCCAAGCCAACUCUGAGAAUGUAGGUACCCAUCUCCUCCUUGAGUUAGCAAAACUCCGAGACGAGUUCGAGGUUGUUGGUGAUGUCAGAGGAAAAGGUCUUAUGAUCGGGAUGGAAAUGGUUGCAGACAAGGAAACGAGAGCACCCCUCCCUCCUGAUGAAAUGAUGGACAUUUGGGAAGAUACCAAGGAGAUGGGACUUCUUAUAGGCAAAGGAGGAUUUUUUGGACAGGUAUUCCGUAUCAAGCCCCCUAUGUGUAUCACCAAGGAUGACGCUGACUUCACAGUAGCAGUGAUACGUCAGGCACUCCUCAGGCACAGAGACCGUCAAGCAAAGAAAUGAGUGCCUCCUUUCCCAUCGACUCUUUUGAACCAGUAUUACAUUCCCAACAUGCCAGUCAGGGAAUUCAGGGAAUUGGCGAGUUAAGGAAGCUUGUCAAAAGUCUGUGUUGCAUCUUUCAUCAGGAAUCCCAUUACAAAAACAUUUUACAUCUCUUCAUAUCCACUUUCUUGCAUUCUCCAUUAUUUUUUCUACGAUGAAAUGUGAGAAUUUGUCAAAGUCACUUGAAGGAUUCCUGCAGAAAAGACACGGCUCUGCCUUAGGACAAGGUGCCUGUAAGAUGGUAAUUAUACUUGUAGGGUAUGUCUGUGUCUCUCAGCCUCAAAAUCAACAAUAAGUCGCCAGGCGAGGUUCUCUGGAAUCAGCCAAAACAGUGAAUAAGUUAUAAAGCAGUGGCAAAUUCAAGAUUUUGCAAUAGAAGUGGCGCAACUUCCCGCACAAGUAGCAAGUUUGGAAAUAGAGGGGGUGCAGAUUUCCAUUUUCUUAGAUUUUAAUACAUUAAUACAUGUUCAAUGGGCAAUUCUCAAAAUAUAGAGGGGGUGCAUCCCUUGCACCCCCCCCCCCCCUUUGGAUCCAACACUAUAAAGUCAAAUAUAAACUAGAAUAUCAAGAGUUUUUUUGAGACCUUUACAUUUUUGCAGAUUGCUGGGAGAUUCACUGAGCUUGGGCAAGUAUGUCCGAGUGAACCCCAAAUAUCUAAUCCAAUUUUCUCCAUUGUACUUGAGGUACUCACUGACAUUCUUCUACAUUGGAUCAAAUACUAUAUAU